AUGCUUAGGAAAGGCCACCGCAAGCCUGGGUCCUGGGGCAGCUUUCUGGCUACCCUGGCCCUGGUGGGACUGGUCACGCGUGCAGCUCAGAAAGCCGACGUGGGUGGGGAGGCAGCAGGCAUCAUCAACCACUCCCAGAUGCUGCUCCAGCGACUGCAGGACCUGCUGCGGCAGGGCAACGCCAGCGAUGUCGUCCUGCGAGUCCAGGCUGUGGGCACCGACGAGGUCCGAGCCUUCCACACCCACCGCUUGCUGCUGGAGCUACACAGUGAGCUUUUCCGGGAGCUGCUGAGCAACCAGAGCGAGGUGCUGCUGCAGGAGCCCCGGGACUGCGCGGCUGUCUUUGACAAGUUCAUCAGGUACUUGUACUGCGGUGAGCUGACAGUCCUGCUGGCCCAGGCUAUCCCGCUGCACAGGCUGGCCACCAAGUACCGGGUGGUCCUGCAGCGAGGUGUGGCUGACUACAUGCGUUGCGCAUCUGGCGGGAGGCGCGGGCCCAGCUGUGGGCUGUAUCACUAUGCAAGUGAGCACCGGGAUGAGGCUCUGCGUGAGAGCUGCCUGCAGUUCCUGGCUUGGAACCUUUCCGCCGUGGCCGGGAGUGCGGAGUGGAGCGCCGUGAGCCCGAGUUGCUGGCGCAGCUCCUGCAGCGCUCAGACCUUGGUGCUGCAGGAUGAGCUGGAGCUGUUCCACGCGUUGGAGGCCUGGCUGGGUCGUGCGCGGCCGCCCCCGGUGGCCGAGAAAGCGCUGCGCGCCAUCCGCUACCCCAUGAUCCCGCCGGCACAGCUGUUCCAGCUGCAGGCGCGCUCGGCCGCGCUGGCGCGCCACGGCCCAGCGGUGGCAGACCUCCUGCUGCAAGCUUACCAGUUCCACGCCGCCUCGCCGCUGCACUAUGCCAAGUUCUUCCACGUGAACAGCAGCGCCUUCCUGCCGCGCAACUACCUCGCGCCCGCCUGGGGCGCUCCGUGGGUCAUCAACAACCCGGCUCGCGACGACCGCAGCACUAGCUUCCAGACGCAGCUGGGUCCGAGCGGCCACGACGCGGGUCGCCGGAUCACCUGGAACGUGCUCUUCUCCCCACGCUGGCUGCCCGUUAGCCUGCGGCCCGUCUACGCGGACGCUGCGGGCACUGCGCUGCCUGCCGCGCGCCCCGAGGACGGAAGGCCACGGCUGGUGGUCACGCCAGCUAGCAGCGGAGGCGAUGCGGCGGGUGUGAGCUUCCAGAAGACCGUGCUGGUGGGUGCGCGCCAUCAGGGCCGCCUCCUGGUCCGCCACGCCUACAGCUUCCAUCAGAGCAGCGAGGAGGCUGGCGACUUCCUGGCCCACGCAGACCUGCAGAGGCGCAACUCAGAGUACCUGGUGGAGAACGCACUGCAUCUCCAUCUCAUUGUCAAGGCCCGGUGUUACCACACCCUCAUCAGGACUCCCAGUUAGCCUGUGGACGGAGAAAUAAAGGCCUGGCCUGGAUGGCACUCCAGGGUCUGGGGAGGGGUAGGCUGGAGGUGGACGUGACUGUGGGUGACCGACCAGGUACGGCUGGUUGGGGCUGGGGUGGAAGGCAGGUGAAUGUGGUAGACAAGAUGGCUGUGGUUUCAGGAACGCCUUUCCCAGCUGAUUGGAAAG